AUGCCGACUCAAGAGCAAGUAGACGCCUCGUUGGCUAUGCAAAAAAGGAUACAAGAGGAAUUAUCAGCCGCGAUAAAAGUGGAUCAUUUCUCGAUAAGAGAUACAUCAGGUAACUGCGGGUCUUCAUUCGAGGUGAUCAUUGUAUCACCUGAUUUUGAAAAGAAGAUGACUUUGGCUAGACAUAAGUUAGUGAAUCAAAUAUUAUCAGAGGAAAUCAGUCAAUUGCAUGCUUUUUCACAAAAAACGUUUACACCAUCACAAUGGGUCAUAGAGCAGGCUAAAAACCCUGCUUAA